UCUCGUCCCGCUUCCCGGUGGUCUUGGGGAGAGCCCAGCCUGCUUCCCCGCGGGCCCCGCCCUGGCCACCAGCUGGCCUAAAGCGCCUGUCUGCCUUUCGGUACCUGGAGUACGAGGGGGCACCUGAGUAGGACCUCCGGUACGGUGUCUGAUUUAAAGAAGCAAAUGCACUACCAACCCAUAGCAACCCUAUAGGACAAGGUAGAACUGCCCCCGAGACAAUGGCAGAGCAAUUGGAUCUCGCGGGACAGGAAUCUGAUGGGGCGAGUGAUGAGGUGGUACUCACUCCUGCGGAACUCAUCGACAGGCUGGAGCAGGCCUGGAUGAAUGAAAAGUUUGCCCCUGAGCUGCUGGAAAGCAAGUCUGAAAUUGUGGAAUGUGUUAUAGAACAGCUGGAUCACAUGGAAGAGAACCUCAAGAAGGCCAGCAAAGGAGACCUGAAGGUCAGCAUCCACCGAAUGGAGACGGGGAGGAUCCGCUAUGUCCUCAGCAGCUACUUGCGGUGUCGGCUUGGGAAGAUCGAGAAGUUUUUCCCUCAUGUCCUUGAGAAGGAGAAAACACGCUCUGAUGGAGAGCCUUCCAGCCUGUCUCCAGAAGAGUUUGCCUUUGCAAAGGAGUACAUGGCUAAUACGGAGACGUAUCUUAAAAAUGUAGCCUUAAAGCACAUGCCUCCUAACUUGCAGAAGGUGGACCUCUUAAGGUCAGUUCCCAAACCUGAUCUAGAUUCCUAUGUGUUCCUGCGGGUGAACGAACGACAAGAAAACCUCCUGGUAGAACCAGAAACAGAUGAACAGAGGGACUAUGUGAUUGACCUGGAGGAGGGCUCACAGCACUUGAUCCGAUACAAAACCAUUGCACCUCUGGUUGCUUCAGGAGCGGUCCAACUGAUUUAGAGCCAGAAACAAAUCCACAGUAACGAAGACAUGGCACCUGAGGAGAAGCUAUUCAGAACACCUUCCCAUCAGUCCGUCUGGGCCUUAGCGCCCAGGCCGUAGUUGUGCAGGGGCCAGCCCUUCUUGGCAGUGCUGUGGCUCACUGGGAGAUUGUAAAGGAACUCGAGGAGGGUUCCUAAUAUUGCCCCGUGUUCCCCUCACUUCCUCCCUUUCUGCCCGUGAUCAGCAGAUGGGGCCAUUGCUCCAUCUAUUCUGAACAGUAGACAAAUAAAUGGAGACUUGUUUGUGGGAUGGUUGAGGUGUCUAGGGAAAGUGAGGGAAAGCAGUUCAGAAGAAGGAAUUAGUGCCUAUGAUUCGGGGACUAUUUCGGCCGACCUGACAAUGCGGGGAGAAUUCCUUUCAGCUUCCUCAUAGGAAGAUUGUAAAAAGCUUACAGAAAACAGCUGUGGCCUCCUGCCUUCUAGCACCAGCUUGUGUUAAUUAACCUUUUGGAACACCCCCGAUUGGACUUAAAAACCAGUUUCUGUCACACUUACCUGGGAGUCACAGCUAAACCCACACCAUUGUGAAGCGCCAGGCUGUGACAGAAGGUGCCUCUGGAUAGCUCUUUGCUUGUUGGCUAAUGAUUUUCUCCCCACUGCUACCCUGCAGGCUUCCUUGAAGCUCAGGCAGUUUGGCCAAGCCAGCCUCUGGUCAGUCUGUCUACCCUGGGCCACAUGAACUGCCCUACAUUGUGGCUGCCGUACGUGGCAGCUUUUCUUCAGGCUCCUCAUUUUCCCCCAGGAAAUCAAUGAAAUUGCCCUGAAGUGAACACAGCCAGCCCCGGAUCUGAAGGAGGGUAUCUGGGCAAGUAAUCGGUCAUCUUUUCCGUGCAGUGUGAUAAAACUGCGAACUGCGGGCCAGUCUUUUCUCUCCUGCCUGGGCAGCAAGAUUUCCUGUUGCAUGAGAAAGGCUUUCAGAGUAUUCGUUGCAGUCCUGCUGUAUCUCCAGGCAAAAUCCAAGGUUCUUGGCUAGUAAAAGUAUUUGCUAUUUCCCGUACUACCUUGAUUUUUUCCGGAGUGUUUUGACCCUUGGCAACCAUUCAUUAAACAAAUCUGCAUGAGUA